CAAAUCGGCCUACAACCCCGUCUACAAUACCACCGAGUACACCAUCACCAACAACACUUGCCCCGACAACUAUGCCUGCUACUACACAACCCGUCUGCAAAGCAAAAGUGGAUCUUGGAUUUUUGAUCGAUGGCUCGGGAAGUAUUGAAUACCAAGGAGCUGGAAACUUUGGUAAAGUAAUAAAUUUUGUCAUACGGAUGGUGAGGGAGUUCGAAGUAUCACAGAAAGGCACACAUGUCGGAGCCGUCCUUUUUGAUCACCGAGCAAAUGUCAUCUUAAAUUUUGACCAAUUUUAUGACAAACCGUCUAUAAUAGCUAAAAUAAAUAGUAUUCGAAGUAAAUAUCCUGGAGGAGGAACUGCUACAGGUGCUGCGCUGAAGGUUGCACAAACAAAUUUGUACUCCCAAAGCAAGCGCUUGAAAGGAGCACCAAAGAUUCUCAUAAUCUUGACCGAUGGUCAAUCUCAAGACAAAGUGAGUGCCCCUGCACAGAGGCUACGYGAUCUAGGAGUGACUAUUUUUGCUGUUGGUAUUGGUAAAGGCUUUAAUAUUCGUGAGUUGAAUGACAUGGCCACAGAUCCCGAUUCAGAGCACGUUUUUACUGCCGACUUCAACAGCCUUGGUACAAUAGUGAAAGCCAUCAAGGACAAAGCUUGUCAAGGAGCCGGGGGAGUCACAAAGCCAACACAGCGACCCCCUACAACACUCGUUAUGACACAGCCCACAACUCCAACCGUGUGCAUUGCCAAGGUGGACCUAGCGAUGCUGGUAGAUGGAUCCGGUAGUAUCAACUAUCAAGAUCCCCGUAACUUUGAUCGUAUGAAGAAGUUUAUGAAAGGGAUCACCAGGAGGUUUAACGUAGCAAAAGAUGGCACCCACAUUGGAAUAGUACUAUAUUCAUCUAAUGUACAAGUCGUUUCACCCUUCGAACAGCACAUGAGUGUCAGAAGUUUGGAGGCGGUAAUAGAUGGCAUGAAAUAUCCUGGCAUGGGCACCUUAACAGGAAAAGGACUCAACACUGUCAAGACGAGCUUGUUUGGUGCAAGUGCUCGACCAGGAGUACCCAAUGUACUUCUUGUCAUAACUGAUGGCAUAUCUCAAGAUGAUGUCCUCAAACCAUCGGCUAAUCUACGUAAUAUGGGUGUGACUAUUUUUUCAAUUGGUAUUGGAAAGAAUUUUAAUCAAAAACAGCUGGAAGACAUGGCAACUGACCCUGACACUGAACAUGUGUUUAAAGCUGAUUUCAAGGUUCUUGAUUCACUUGUUGAUAAGAUUAAGGAUGGCGUAUGCCAAGGUGCUGGAGGUGCAACCCAGGCUCCUACAGGCACUCAGCCAUCACCCGUUGCACCAUCGCGUGCUAGCCCUGGUGUAGGCCCUCAGCCAUCACCCGUCGCACCACCGCGUGCUACCCCAGGGAAAUGCACAGCUAAAGUAGAUUUAGGAUUCCUGUUAGAUGUCUCAGGCAGUAUCGAGGCAUCUGGAAGAGGAAACUUCAAAAGAUGCAUUGACUUCAUUGUAAAAAUGGUGGAGGCAUUUAACAUUGGACCCUCRGCAUCUCAUAUUGGACUUGUCAAGUAUUCCCACAUUGCCAAUGUAGAGUUUGACUUCAACAAAUUUACCGAUAAACAAAGUGUCAUAAGGCAGGUCCAGGCAACGAAGUACCCUGGAGGAGGCACUUUAACAGGAAAAGCACUAACAUUAUGUUUAACAAACUUAUUCAAUACAGCUCGUAAAGCACUACCAAAUAUAUUGAUAGUUAUGACAGAUGGGAUAUCAGCCGAUGAUGUAGGCCCUCCUUCUAAAGCACUGCGUGAUUCAGGUGUUAUAAUCUACAGUCUUGGAAUCGGAAAGAACUUCAAUGUCAGGGAUUUACAAAAAAUGGCAACUGAUCCCAAAAAAGACCACGUGAUUACGGCGGACUUCAAGCAGCUAUCAGGUGUGGUCCAGCAAAUCAAGAACAAGGCUUGCAAAUCUGCUGGAGGAAAGACCUCCGGACCAUCUACGUCUACUGGAACAGUUUCAACUGGAAGCCAGACAAAAAUUGUAGGUGGAAGAAAAGUUCGAGUCGGAAGCAGAGUCAGGGUUGUAGGUGGAAGAAGAAUAAGAGUGGGAGGCCGAUUCAAGGUUGUAGGAAGACGGAAAAUUCGAGUCGGAGGCCGAAUUAAGGUUGUAAAUGGUAGACGAAUAAGAGUAGGAGGCAGAUGGAAGUUUGUAGGUGGAAGAAGAAUAAGAGUGGGGGGCAGAAUCAAGGUUGUUGGAGGAAGGAAAAUUCGAGUCGGAGGUGGUUACAAGGUUGUAGGUGGGAGAAGAGUUGGAGGCGGGCACACGAUGAUAGGUGGAAGAAAAGUAGCCCUAGCGGGGGCUGGGUACCAGAUUGUAAAUGGGAAAAAGGUUAGAGUAAGAGUAGGAGGUGGGUAUAAGAUUAUGGGUGGAAGAAAGGUAGCCAUAGCUGGAGGUGGUUUCAAGAUUGUAGGUGGGAGAAGAGUAAGAGUUAGAGUCGGAGUCAGAGGCGGAGGCGGGCACACGAUUGUAGGUGGAAAAAAGGUAUCGCUAGCGGGGGCUGGGUACAAGAUUGUAAAUGGGAAAAAAGUUAGAGUAAGAGUAGGAGGUGGGUAUAAGAUUAUAGGUGGAAAAAGGGUAGCCACAGCUGGAGGUGGUUUCAAGAUUGUAGGUGGGAGAAGGGUUGGCUUAGGAGUUGGGAUGAGGGCAGGAGGUAGUUGGAGGGCAGGAAUGAGGGUCGGAGGUGGAGCAUGGGCAGCUGGUAUUUCCUUCAGUGGACUAGCAGUGGCAAUUUACCCAUUAAGUCAAAGAUUCCAAGCCCGGAAUGCAAUAGGUGGAGGUUUCAAUGGGAUUAUGAAAGGUGUUUCAUUUGCUGCUGGAGUCACCGGUCAGGCAGGAGGUGCAUGUCAAUUUGCGGGCUCUCAGGGAAGUUACAUACAAAUAGGUAACCAAGCUGGAGGUGCACUGGACUUUAGGGGCUCGAUGACUGUGCUCACUUAUGUAUUCGUCGAGCAGGCAGGCCCUCUUUUUAACUACAAAGUAGACGGCUUUGGAGUACAUUGGUGGAUUGUUAAGGGAAAUCCAUUCAGUUUGUACGUCCGCAUUGUUAAACGAGAUAUGUCCAUGACCAAAGCAAUCACUGCCACUAUCCAAAGAGGACAGUGGAAGUUUGUGGGCUUUUCAUAUAACAAGGCAUCGGGAGCUUGCAGUCUGUGGAUAGAUGGCCGACAAGCUGCAACAGCUACUGUAGGUAGUUUUGAGGUGGCUACACAGUUCAGCGUACGUAUUGGAGCCAGAAUUGGAGACCAAAGAUAUUUCAAAGGAAGAAUGUCGUGUUUACAGUGUUACAGAGGUGCAUUAACAGCGCCGCAAAUUGGAAUGACAAAGACUAUCUGUAGCAGAUUUACCGGCGGUGCAUUGAGAGUUUCUGGUCGAAGAAAGGUUACGAUGAGAGUGACAGGAAGAAGAGUUACAGGAAGAAGAGUUACAGGAAGAAGAGUGACAGGAAGAACUGGUAUGAGAGUGACCGGUCGAAGGUAUAAAUACAAAUACCGGUAUAAAGUGACUGGAACAAGACCAGCAUCAGACUCAGAAGAAAUACAGCCUGAUGAAGAAACUGACCCCAAUCAAUCAGAAGAAGAGGAAACGUUACCUCCUGAAGACGAAGAAGCAGCUAAUCAAUCAGAASAACUACCAGAAGAGGAAACUGUCACCGAUGAAGAAGCUGAAUCAUUGCCAGCGGAGGAAACAGACACUAACCAACAAGAAGAAGAAGAACAAAUACCGGCAGAGGAAACAGCCACCACAGAACCAGAAGAAGAGACAGUAGAAGAAACAGACGCCAAUCAACAAGAAACAGAACCACUGCCAGAAGAACAAGACAACCAACAGCAAGAAGUUGACAGCCAACCGGAAGAAUCAAUACCAGGAGAAGAAACAGUUACCAAUCAAUCUGAACAAGAGCCAAUGCCGGACGAGAAAGAAGYCACCAACCAAUCGGAAGAUACUUUAAAUCAGCCUGGCAAAACAAAAGUACCAACCAAAGAUGAAGCUCUACAACCUCAAGAAGAGGUAUAUGAAGUGUUUGACCAUGAAGAAAGUCCAAGAACAACCACCUCAGACGGUGGCGAUGUAAAGGGCUCACCACAUAUGACUCGAGGUACGAAGUGAAAAAUACGGUAACAAAUUACAAAAAGUACAGUAAUCGAUUUCGUUUCACCGCGUUUCCUGCUCUACUUUCAGAAUCUGGG